AUGAAUACACAAUCUGACAGUUGCAGUGUAGACCUCAGAGAAAUAGACAAUUUAAGUGCCAUUUCCAAUGGAACUAAUUUUGGGCAUUCAGUAUCCAGUCAUGGUGAAAUUGAAGCCAAACAUCGAGUGAUCUUGGUUAAAUGGUUAAACAGUCUAUUUCCCUCAUUAAACUUGCCAAAGAAUAUUAAGGACGAUGAUUUAAGAGAAUGCUUGAGUGACGGCACAGUUCUAUGUCAGAUAUUAAACAAGCUAUGGCCUGGCUCUGUGAAUGUGGUCAGUGAUGGUGAUCACUCUUCCCCAUCAAACUCGGAAAAUAUCAAAAGGUUUCUGGCAGCUAUAGAUGGUCUAGGGCUGCCUCAGUUUGAUGCAUCAGAACUAGAGAAGGGAUCUUUAAAGCAUGUUGUGGACUGCCUUUUAAAACUUAGAAGCUUACAUAGCUCUUCGGGAGAUGAUAAUAUUUCUGUACUUAGUUUCAAAUCAGAGGGUUCCCGCGGACACGCAUCUCGUAGUUCUCCAACAUCAGGAGAAGAGAAUAAAAGGUUUUCAUCUGACUCAAAGUCAAAGUUACAACGUGUAUUACGGCCACUACCACAGCAUGUUGUGCAUAAACUCCAUGAAACGCAUAGCGCAGGGCAUAAGUUCCAUGAAAUGUUUCAACCGAAAAAUGGAAGCUUUGUAGAUAUGCCUUCCUCAAAAGUUUCAGAGAUAAUGAAAUCGAACAGUAUAGAGAAUGCUUCUACUCAAUAUGUUCUAACUUUCAUGAAUGGUAUUCUAGAUGAAAGUGCUGAAAGAAGAAAUGGCGAAAUACCUCACGUAUGGUUGCGUGUGGUCCCCUUGUUGAAAAAGAUUGUCCAGGAAAUUGAGCGACGUAUAUCAAUUCAGGCAGAACAUUUACGAACUCAAAACAAUAUUUUAAGGGUUCGUGAUGAAAAAUAUCAAUCAAGAAUCAGAGUUCUUGAGGCACUUGCGUCUGGAACUAGAGAAGAAAGCGAGAUGGUUGCAAACCAGCUUAAGCAGUUAACGGCUGAGAAGAUCAGAGUGGAAGAAGAGAAGAAGGCUAGUGAUGAAGAGUUGAUUAGGUUGAAGGAAGAGAUGGACCAGAUAAAUACAAAAUUCUCAAUGUUGAAGCUAGAACUAGAAACAACAAAAGACACGUGCUUACGGUUGGAAGCAGAAGCUGAGGGUGCUAAAGGAGAACUGAAUCAGAAGUCAAAAGAAUAUGAACUUCAAAUAAACGAUUUAGUCCAUAAGGUGACAGAACUUGAGGCUUCUUCUGACUCAAAGUAUCAUAAAUGGAACAUGGAGAAGAGCCAAUUGCAGAAAGCUGUCGAUUUUCAAUCGAGUUCCCUACAGGUAUGCUUACAAAUGUGUGACGCCCAAGUUCUAAUUAUUCUUUGUUAUCAAAAAAUAAAAUUGUCUUGGCAAUCCAUUGUGCAAGAUAUCUUGAAAGGGCAAAAAAUGUACAUGGAGGAAUGCAAACAAUUAGGUUCAGAUCUUAAACCAAUAGUGGAUGCAACUAAUAAUUAUCAUGUUAUUCUGGCUGAAAAUCGAAGACUAUUUAAUGAAGUUCAAGAAUUGAAAGGUAAUAUCAGAGUAUAUUGUCGAAUCAGACCAUUCCUCCCCGGACAUAGGGAAAAAAGAUCCAUCAUAGAACAUAUUAGUGAAACGGAUUUGGUUGUAGCAAAUCGUUCCAAACAAGGGAAAGAAGCCCUACGAUCAUUUCAGUUCAAUAAGAUCUUUGGUCCAACUGCAUCUCAAGGUCUCUUCUUGAUACCAUUAUGCUUUACUCAUGUCUCAUUUACUCUUGAUGAUGUAGAGGAUGUAUACUCUGACAUACAACCCUUCAUACGAUCAGUACUUGAUGGGUACAAUGCAUGCAUAUUUGCUUAUGGCCAAACAGGUUCAGGGAAAACUUACACAAUGAGUGGUCCUAAUGGAGCGACAGAAGAGACUUAUGGUGUUAAUUAUCGAGCUCUGAAUGACCUCUUUAGCAUUUCCAGUAGCAGAACAGGCUCUAUAGUCUAUGAGGUUUGGGUUCAGAUGGUCGAGAUAUAUAACGAACAAGUGCGCGAUUUAAUUAUAUGUUUCCUUGAUUUGCACACACUUGGGAUAUUGACCCGGCCUCAACCCAAGGGCUUAGCUGUACCUGAUGCCGGCAUGUUCCGUGUUAAUUCAACCUCAGAUGUUUUGAUGCUAAUGGACAUUGGACUGAAAAACAGAGCAAUGGGUGCCACUGCUAUGAAUGAAAGGAGUAGUCGUUCUCACAGUGUGGUCUCAAUUCAUGUUCGUGGGAAAGAUAUACACUCUGGUUCUUCUCUGCAUGGUAAUCUUCAUUUGGUAGAUUUGGCAGGAAGUGAAAGGGUAGAUCGUUCUGAAGCAACUGGGGAUAGGCUUAGGGAAGCACAGCAUAUAAACAAAUCAUUGUCUGCCCUUGGAGAUGUCAUUUUUGCCCUUGCACAGAAGAGCACCCAUGUGCCAUAUAGAAAUAGCAAACUUACUCAACUCCUGCAAAGCUCUCUUGGCGGUCAUGCAAAGACCCUCAUGUUUGUCCAACUUAAUCCGGAAAUAAAUUCAUUUUCUGAAAGUCUAAGUACAUUAAAGUUUGCUGAGAGGGUCUCUGGAGUUGAAUUAGGACCUGCACGAAGCACUAAAGAUGGAAAAGAUGUUAGAGAACUAAUGGAGCAGGUUGCUUUUCUCAAAAACACAAUUGCAUUGAAAGAUGAGGAGAUUGAGCAGCUACACUCACUUAAAGAUAUGAGAAAUGUCAAUUCUGAGAAAGCCUCUUUGAGGUAUGGAUCUCCCUUUAAGGGCAGAGAAUCCAUAAGCAGUACUCCUAAGCGGGACCCUGCUGCAUCAGGGGGACGAAAUACACAGUGUGAAGCUCAUUUCCAUCAGCCAAUGGAUGGCCUAAAACAAGAAACUGAAUUUUUCCAGUUUCCCAGAGUUGGAGGGAAUAGUCCAGCAAGGCCAGAGAUUUUUCGGUAUGCAAGUGAAGAUUAUAGUGGAAGGCUGAGUGAUUUCUCCGACGGUGGCUUUCUAGGAGCAGAAGCUGACGACUUUUUUGAUAAUAAAGUUCCCAUUGAAAACAGAAAAUCGCCACUUCGCAUGGUGAAAUCAAAACCGUCUCCAAAAACUGGUGGAGGACACACAGAGCGGAAGAGUCCUCUAAGGACAGAGAUUUUUCGACAUGCAAGUGCAGAUUAUGGGGGAACCCCAAGUGACUUUUCUGAACGGGGCCUUCGGAGAACCAUCAAAGAUGAUUUGUUUGAUAAUAAAGUUGUCGCUGAAAAGAAGAAAUCUCCAUUCCGCACGAUGAAAUCAAAUGUAGUAUCGAAAGUUGGUCGAGUUUUGCCAAAAACAACCCAACCCUCACCGACCACCACAAGGGGAAUCGCCAAGAAGUCACCAAGCACCAUGGGCAGAUUGAGAGGAGACAGCAAAGCUGCCAGAUGA